CCGGCGGCGGGCGGAAGUGCCGGCGCGGAGCGGCGGGCUGCCAUGGAGGAGUGAGGGGGGAGACCGACCCAGCGACUGCCGCCCCGCAGCGCCAUGGAGACGGUACAGCUGCGGAACCCGCGCCGGCAGCUGAAGAAGUUAGAUGAAGACAGUUUAACCAAACAGCCUGAAGAAGUAUUUGAUGUUUUGGAGAAGCUUGGAGAAGGUUCCUAUGGCAGUGUAUUCAAAGCCAUUCAUAAAGAAACGGGUCAAGUAGUUGCAAUUAAACAAGUUCCUGUGGAAUCUGACCUGCAAGAGAUUAUAAAGGAAAUCUCCAUAAUGCAGCAAUGUGACAGUCCUCAUGUGGUGAAAUAUUACGGCAGCUAUUUUAAGAACACCGACCUGUGGAUAGUCAUGGAGUACUGCGGCGCUGGAUCCGUCUCUGAUAUUAUUCGAUUACGAAAUAAAACUCUCACAGAAGAGGAAAUUGCUACGAUAGUGCAAUCAACGCUGAAAGGACUAGAAUACCUGCAUUUUAUGAGGAAAAUACACAGGGACAUCAAAGCUGGAAAUAUAUUGCUAAAUACAGAGGGACAUGCUAAACUUGCAGAUUUUGGAGUGGCAGGACAACUCACAGACACCAUGGCGAAGCGGAACACAGUUAUAGGGACCCCAUUUUGGAUGGCUCCAGAAGUGAUUCAAGAAAUUGGGUAUAAUUGUGUUGCAGACAUCUGGUCCCUGGGAAUCACUGCAAUAGAAAUGGCUGAAGGCAAACCACCGUAUGCAGAUAUUCAUCCUAUGAGGGCAAUCUUCAUGAUUCCUACCAAUCCGCCUCCAACAUUCCGGAAACCAGAGCUCUGGUCAGACAAUUUCACAGACUUUGUCAAGCAGUGUCUGGUUAAGAGCCCAGAGCAGCGAGCCACCGCCACGCAGCUGCUGCAGCAUCCAUUUGUGAAAAGUGCCAAAGGAGUGUCAAUCCUGCGAGACUUGAUUAACGAAGCAAUGGAUAUCAAGCUGAAACGUCAAGAAGCACAACAGCGUGAGCUAGAUCAAGAUGAUGAAGAAAAUUCAAACCCCCCUUAUAGAAACUUUCUACUACACAAGAGCAACCGGCAGAAGCCUGAGGAAGAAGAUGAAACCGAUUCAGGUACCAUGGUGAGGGCGAGUGGAGAUGAAACUGGUACCAUAAGAGCUGUCAACACAAUGAGUGAUGGAGCCAACACGAUGAUAGAACAUGACGGCACCUUGGAAUCCCAGCUGGGUACAAUGGUGAUAAACACAGAAGAUGAAGAGGAGGAGGGCACCAUGAAAAGGAGGGAUGAAACGAUGCAGCCAGCCAAACCAUCAUUCCUUGAAUAUUUUGAGCAGAAGGAGAAGGAGAAUCAAAUCAAUAGCUUUGGGAAGAAUGUGUCUGGCCAGACAAAAAAUUCAUCUGAUUGGAAAGUACCACAGGAUGGAGACUACGAAUUUCUGAAGACGUGGAGCGUCGAUGAACUCCAGAGGAGGCUCUCAGCCCUGGACCCCAUGAUGGAGCAGGAGAUUGAAGAAAUCCGCCAGAAGUACCAGUCCAAGAGACAGCCCAUCCUCGAUGCCAUUGAAGCCAAGAAGCGGCGGCAGCAGAACUUCUGAGCCACUGGUAGAAUGUUCUUCCACCCUCAAACAAUCAGCUCCUCGCUUUUAUGACUACUAAACAGAUUGAUUUCUAUUGAAAUACGCUAGCAAGAUAGAGGGCAAUACUUCUGCUCAUUUAUUUUUCCAUAGCACCUUUGUGAACUCAGGAAUGCCACUAAGUGCAACGUCCUGAUGGUAUGUUUUAAUGUUAGCUGUAUAUUUAAAACGUUAUUCCGAAGGAGUUUUGUUACUGGUUUUAGGGGGAUUGUUUUUAAAUCAGAGGGACAGAAAUAGGCUAAUGAAAGUUGGCUCACUCUCUUUUCAACUGAACUUUCAGGAGUCCAUUUUGUUUUAAGUUAAUACGGAUUGUGGUAUUUAACGGCUGCAUCUUUUGUAGUUCUUGGUUUUGUUUUUCUUUGUCAAUGCACAGACACAAUUUCAAGCUGUUAACUAUAUCCUACUGUUAAGGUACUGAUAAGUUUUAGGUCACUGAAGAGAGCAGGUGAGAACACGUGUAAACUGUUCCAGCCUUUUGAAAGAUACUUAGAUCUCAUUUUUUAAAAAGCCUGUAAUAAGCCCCAUGCCUUACACUGUGUGCUUUAAGCAAGUGUGGUUUCUUCAAGACCUCAGUUUUGUCCUCUUUUUGUGUACUUUAUGAAUUAACACGAGUAGAGAAAGCAUGUUGUGCCUCCAUCAGAUAUUACGUUCUGCAAUUUAAAAUCCACACCGACUUAAAACCAAAAGCCAAUCGAGAAGCCAAUCCCCCUUCGUCUGUCCGUCUGUCUGGAAAUGUCCUUCAGGGAGACCCCACUGACGUUGGAGUUCAGGAGCAGGAAACAGUGUUCAAAUGGGUGGAAGUUGUGUGAACCUCUCUCAGGUAUUAGGUACUUCUCUGUCUGAGAGGACUUCAAUAUCUCCACAGUUUGUGAAAUAAUCUCCUGGGCUUCAUUUCAGAUUUACAUCUUUAGAUGCUUGAAUAAAAACCUAAUUUCACAAUCCUUCACAUUUCUGCGAGGUUUCGCCCACCAGAGAAGUUGAACUGAAAGUAAAGACUUUUGUUGAAUUAGCAAAUGUGUGUAUUGAUGGUGGUGGAGCGGAGGUGGUCUGAACGAGAAGACAAUUACUGAUGUCCUGCUGGAAGAGAUGCAGUCUCUUCCCAUUCCUCUGGAUGCUCUUGCAUUCUUUCUUUACAUUUCCCUGCAUUCCUGCCCAGUAUAGCUCAAUCAAUGGAGACACCCCAGCGUGUACAAUCGCUGUGAGGAUGGUGCAAUGAACUCACACCACUAGAGUGGAGAGUGGAACAGCAGCAGUGAAGAAUUGAGCCUGGUUUGCAGGGCAGAGACCAAGUGAUGCCUCUGCCCCACGGGCUGUGACAGCAGAAUUACCUAGUUUUAGAUUUAUCUGGCAUACGAUGAAAUAUUUGGACAGAGCAAGUAUUUCUACCAAUUUGUUUUGCUCUGACAGAGGGAACAGUUUCCAGUCAUUCUUCCAAAACAGACCUUGGUACCUCACCUAGAUAAUUAACUAAAUAGCAGUGUCUCCUGAAUCAAAUGCUGCUGGAGAGGUGAAGUGUUCAUUUCAUGCCUCUGUAGGCUCUUCUCUUUUUUUUUUUUUCCUCUCAGAGCAGACUCUUGGCUACUGUUAACAGGUAAACUCCGUUGCUGUGAAAGGAACCAAGCCAUUUUUACCCCCUCUGCAGAUCUGGUUGCAUCGGUCGGUGUCGGUUUGACGCGCGGUGCGAGCACAGCUGUUCAGAGACCAGCAAACCAGCUCCCCGAAGGGAGAGGGGAGGUGGGGAGCCAAGGCACAUCCUGGGAUAACCAGCCGUUGGAUAGCCUCCAGUAUUGGGAAAGUUUUGAAUUAGGAAAACCGAGUAAUUAAAAGCUUUGUUGCUGUUAAAGGACUAAAAUCCCUUAGUCCGGACUCUCUGAGGAGAUCUGGUGAGGUGCUGUGUGAACAUCAGGGCUCACACAGUGCUCCUCUGAAACCCGUGCAAUGCCUUUUGCCCUAAACACACGUUUAUUAUGAGCAAUAUUGGCAUCAAAGAAACUCCCACAGCUUAGGAGGGAGUUCUCUGGUCAAGGGCUGGUCUUGGAUUUGUCACUCGGAUGGCUCUGCCCCCCCGGAGCUGUGGAUAUGGGACAGGUCAACGUGGCACGGAUCGAGCAGAUUCUGCUGGGAGUAGUUUUACCUCUGCACUGUGUAGGUAACUUUCUAGUGAUCGGAGGGCAUUAGAAAACCCAAGUUUUAGGUGAAACACCACAGGGUGGUGUCUAUUUACAGAAUAUGCAACCUGUGACUGCUGUAACUGAAUGUAAGCACUCUUGGAAUACUCUGCUUUGCUGAUGUGAUUGUCUUAAAAUACAGCAAAUGAACCAAAAUAAGUACAACUGGUCCAAUGGCUUAACUGUCUUUGAACCUUUCUUAAAUGCUUGCGGUGGCUGAGACUUGAUGAUGUUUCUUGCGCUUGGAGCUCUAAUGCAGAGGAAUUAUUUUCUCCUUCACUGAUUUUCAAUCUGUUAGAGAAAAUAAUUCCCUUUUUGGUCCCUUUGUAGACUGUCUGGGAGCAUAGUACCUGCUCACUUCCAGAGUCCUCCAGGCUAAAAACAAGGCUCGUACCGUAAGGGAAAGCUGUUCCAAUGAGGUUUUUAAGCAAAAACCUUGCUUAAUUGUCAAGCUGCAUUUAUGUGCUCCUUGGGUCCACCUGCAUUGCUGAAAGCGUUCUGGACACAGACCAUUAUCUUUGCUUGUAAAACCCAGAGAUACUGAUGAUGUCAGUCAUGUGAGACUUAAAAAUGUGAAGUUUGUAGCUUUAACUUUUUUUUGUAACAAAGAAAUUAGCAACACUGGCAUAAAGUGCUGACUUGAAAUGCUAUUUUGUAAGAUCUGGCUGUUUGUAUAUAAGUGUUGGGUCAUUAGUUUGUAUAUGUAUGAAAUAGUAACUUUUAUUGCAUUCCUCUGAGUUUGAUACAGGAGACUUUGUUUGAUCUUUCUCAAGUAUCUUGCCUUAUUUGUUCAAAGGGGCAAAUAAACUGUCCUUACCUGAAA